AUAAUUUUUGCGUUUUAUGAACUUUUCGUUGGCAUAAAUUUGAUUUUUAAUCAUUUUUUAAACCGCAUUUUUACAACAUUUAUUAUCCAGGUGUAGUUUAACAAUAAAAUGCGCAAUACACCGCGAAUUUAGCGAGUGAGCACCAAACCUUCAAACGGAAUGGUUGUGGUAUCGCUCAAUCUGACCUCUUUCUUGUGUACCAAUAGAAGCACGUGUACGAAAUAAUAAAUCGACUUUAAUUUCUUAAUAAUCCCAGAAACCAUUCGCUUUCAAGAUGAUGUUACGGACGUUAACAAAAGUUCAAGUUUCCGUACUUUGUGCUAUUUUAUUAGCUGGAAUCGUCGUUUUGGGAGUUUGUUUAGGAAUAUUUUUGGGAACAGAAAAAGUUAUUCAUAGAGGAGCCGUUGUAACAAACGGGCAUGAAUGCGCAGAAAUUGGAAAGGCAAUUAUGGAAAAUGGGGGAACCGCGGUUGAUGCAGCAAUAGCAGCAAUGCUUUGCGAAGGAAUUGCAAUGCCUCAAAGUACCGGAUUAGGGGGCGGAUUUCUUAUGACUAUUUACAAAAAAUCAACAGGAAAAGUUUACUCAUUAAACGCUCGAGAAAUGGCUCCAAGAGACGCUUACACAGAUAUGUUCGAAGGAAACUCAUCUUUAGCAUCAAAAGGCGGAUUAGCAAUCGCAGUUCCAGGCGAAUUACGUGGUUUAUGGAUGGCACAUCAACGUUUUGGGCUUUUAGAAUGGGAAAAAGUCCUCCAACCGACGAUAGAUUUAUGUAAAAACGGACAUUUAGUAACAGAUUAUUUAGCGAGAGUUUUUAAAUCGAGAGAAGCAAAGUUCUUGGAUAACCCAUCGUUGAGAGAGAUUUUUAUUGAUCCUGAAACGAACGAAGCUUACACAGCUGGGCAUAUGUUAAAGCGACCAAAACUAGCGGAAACUCUCGAAAUAAUUGCUAAAGAAGGUGCUGACGCGCUUUAUAACGGAACUUUAACGAAACAAUUCGUGAAAGAUAUUCAAGAUGUUGGCGGAAUAAUAACGGAAGAAGAUAUGAUUAAUUAUUCGGCUGAGUGGCAAGAACCGAUAAUCGUGGAUCUUCCGUUUAAUCAGAAACUUUAUACGGCACCUUUACCUGGUUCCGGAGUGAUUAUGGCUUUUAUUGUAAACAUAUUAAAAGAUUACUUAGAACUUUCCGAAGGGGAAUCGGUGAGGAACCUUCAAAGAAUCGUAGAGAGCUUUAAAUAUGGUUACGGAAAGCGAACUGAACUUGGUGAUACCAAUUACAUUGAUAUCGAAUACCUAUUAUCCAACAUUACUUCAGAGGAAUACGCCAAAGAUAUCAGACAACUCAUAUUUGAUAAUGUUACAUAUCAAGAUCCAAAACAUUAUGGUGCUAACACUGCUUUAAUAGAAGAUCAUGGUACGGCUCAUAUCUCAGUACUUUCUCCCGAGGGUGAUGCUGUUUCUGUCACAGGAACUAUUAAUUUAUAUUUUGGUUCUGAAGUUAGAUCACCAAGCACCGGAAUAAUCUUAAAUGACGAAAUGGAUGAUUUUUCAGCUCCAAACAUAACAAAUUCAUUCGGAGUUCCCCCAUCCCCCGCUAAUUACAUAGUUCCAGGCAAACGUCCUUUAUCUUCUAUGUGCCCAACCGUAAUAAUCGAUGAUAACGGUGAUGUUCGGAUGGUAAUCGGAGCUGCUGGUGGUACAAAAAUAACAACAUCAACGGCUUUAGUUGCAAUAAGAAAUUUAUGGUUCAAUAUUCCACUGGAAGAAGCCACUUUAAUGAAACGGUUACAUCAUCAGUUAUUCCCAAUGUCGAUAGAAUUUGAGAGUGGAUUCGAUGAAAACAUCAUUGAUGGUUUGGAGGAAAUUGGACAUAAUUAUACCGUUACGCCAGCUGUGGAUGGUUUCGCUGCUCUUACAGCUAUCACUAAGUUAGAUGACGAAAUAGAGGCGAUUUUUGAUACAAGAAGAGGUGGUUCUACAGCGUUUUUUGAUUUAUAGUUAUGUAUUUUUCUUUUGUAAAUAAAAUUUUAUUUAUAAAGAUAUAUUUAUAAUUUA